CUCGGCGUAGUAGGAUACGGGUAAAUUCGAGUGCUGGAGACGGGGUGCGCCGUCACCGCGCUUUCUGCAUCGGGUUACGCCAUUCAUCCAGGGUCAUUCGGUUCACCGGGGUAACGAAGAUGAUGAUGGCCACAUCACGGGCGCGCGUGCCUCCGUUUUCCUCAUGACCGACCGACCGGCGGCGGCAGCAGCAGCAUUAUCUGCGUGCGGGUUUGGGUUUGUCUCACACCGGGCUGGCGCGGAACCGAUCCCACCGUCUGGCGGAGCGUCUGCCAGGCUGAGUCACCACUGGAGUGUCUGAAGGGUCGCGAGAAAGUGAAGGAGGAGACAUUACAUCACUGCGGGCUGAGAGAGAGAGAGCGGCACACGAGCACUGACCUCUGACCCCGGAGCCAACAUGAACGACCUGAACGUCGUGAAAGAGGGAUGGGUGCAGAAAAGAGGUGAGUACAUUAAGAACUGGAGGCCGCGGUACUUCCUGUUAAAGACGGACGGCUCGUUUAUUGGCUAUAAAGAGAAGCCGCAGGAUGCAGAUCUGGCGUAUCCGCUCAACAACUUCUCUGUCGCCAAGUGUCAGCUGAUGAAGACUGAGAGACCGAAACCAAACACCUUCAUCAUCAGGUGUCUGCAGUGGACCACUGUGAUCGAGCGCACCUUCCAUGUCGACACGCCAGAGGAGAGGGACGAGUGGGUCGAGGCCAUUCAGAUGGUGGCAGACAAGCUGGCCAAACAGGAGGAAGAAGGAAUCCUGUGUAGCCCAAUUUCUCAGAUUGAAAACGUCAACGAGGAGGAGAUGGACACGUCAACCAGUCAUCACAAACGAAAGACAAUGAAUGACUUUGACUAUCUGAAGCUGCUGGGUAAAGGCACGUUCGGGAAGGUGAUUCUGGUGCGAGAGAAAGCCAGCGGCACGUAUUAUGCAAUGAAGAUCCUGAAAAAGGAGGUUAUUAUUGCCAAGGAUGAAGUUGCUCACACACUCACGGAGAGCAGAGUUUUGAAGAACACUAGGCACCCAUUUCUAACUUCACUGAAGUAUUCCUUUCAGACGAAGGAUCGAUUAUGUUUUGUUAUGGAGUAUGUGAAUGGAGGAGAGUUGUUUUUUCAUUUGUCGAGAGAACGAGUGUUUUCGGAGGACAGAACCCGAUUCUACGGCGCUGAGAUCGUUUCCGCGUUAGAUUACUUACACUCAGCGAAGAUUGUUUACCGAGACCUGAAGCUGGAAAACCUGAUGUUGGAUAAAGACGGUCACAUAAAGAUCACUGAUUUCGGCCUGUGUAAGGAGGGCAUCACGGACGCCGCCACCAUGAAGACGUUCUGUGGGACCCCGGAGUAUUUAGCCCCUGAGGUAUUGGAGGACAAUGAUUACGGUAGAGCCGUGGACUGGUGGGGUCUAGGAGUCGUCAUGUAUGAGAUGAUGUGUGGACGUCUGCCCUUUUAUAACCAGGAUCACGAGAAGCUGUUUGAGCUGAUUCUGAUGGAGGAGAUCAAAUUUCCCAGAACUCUCUCUGCUGAUGCUAAGUCUUUACUGUCUGGCUUACUCAUCAAGGACCCCAAUAAGAGGCUCGGAGGAGGCCCGGAUGAUGCUAAAGAAAUCAUGAGACACAGUUUCUUCACGGCGCUGGACUGGCAGGACGUCUACGACAAAAAGCUGGUGCCGCCAUUCAUGCCCCAGGUCUCUUCAGAAACAGACACCAGAUAUUUCGACGAGGAGUUCACAGCGCAGACCAUCACCAUCACUCCUCCAGAGAAAUAUGAUGAGGACGGGAUGGACGCGGCCGAUAGCGAAAGGAGACCACAUUUCCCACAAUUCUCGUAUUCGGCCAGCGGGCGGGAGUGAUGUUAUCAAAAAGCGCCCUGCGUAGCCAUUCUAGAAAGAGCCCCCUCUCUCUAUCUCUCUCCGAUUAUUACCGAUAGUCAUAGCGAGUCAUUUACGUUGCUUUCUGUUCGUUUUCAUUUUUGGUUUCACGUGGGACUUAAAAGGGGUUUUGCACAGUUGGGUGAGACUUAAACUAGUCGACCCACAUUAAAAAAAAGUCUUGUACACUUUCAG